GUGUGCGCGUGUGAGUGUGCGCGUGAUCAGCACAGACUGGUGCACACAGAAAGAAUCUGCAAAUUGCAUCUGUAGGGAAAGGACUGCCAUAUUUGAACCAUGUCACAUGACUAAAUCAAUGAGCCUGACACCCCAGAUUUGUGUGUGGGGAAGACCACAUGUGGAUGAGCACCAUAUAAUGCUGUGGUGAAAACAGAUUUGAACUUAUUGCUGAACGGUUUACUGGCUGAUUUAAAAAUGGGUUCAACUGCCUUGAAUUCUUAUCUUCCACAAACUCUGUGAGGUUGAACUUAACACCAAACUACCCAUUAUCUCCAAUUCAGGAACCCAGGCAAACAUGACCCUUGAAUACCACAGAUUCAGCAAACACAGAAUCUGGAAUUAAUAUGAGACAUACAAUAGAUAAUCUUAGCACUGGUUUGGGCAUGUUCUUUAUCCUCCUGCAUGUUUGGCGUGUUUGGUUUAACUGUGUUUGAUCAGCUGCUUCCUACUUCCACCACUUCAGUAGAAAUGUGUUUGUCUAUCUUGGAGUAAAUAUCUAUGCACAUUUAUUAGGUGUAAAGAAAAAAUGUUUUACAAAAUGCCUCAAAUGAAGGGAGGACAUCUGAACUGGGGCAAGUUUACACUUAAAGUUCUUGAUCGCUCACAGCCUUGCUUUGCAGUAUGGUGUAAUACUGUCUGACUGGAUGUGCAAGUGCUGCAGUCACUCAGCUGACUCAGUCUAAAAAGCUGCUUUUCCACUGCAUGGUACCGGCUCAACUCGACUCUACUCGACUUUUUUGGUUUUCCAUCCGGCAAAAGUUGUGGAUAGUACCUGGUACUUUUUUCAGCAUCACCUCCGUCGAGGUUCCAAGCGAGCUGACGUGAAAACACAGCAGACCACUGAUUGGUCAGAGCAACGCGUUUCAUGUGGCAUCGCUAUGACGACCAGCUACAUUGACGGGGGUACUAUCUGCAGUGGAAAACGAAGCACCUGGUACCAAAAGCGCGUCGAGUAGAGUCGAGCCGGUUCCAUGCGGUGGAAAAGCGGCUAAAACCACUUUUCUGCCCAGAGAGGCUCCUUUACAUUGAAGGCCUCCUGGCGUUGAGUCCUUCAGAUGAACCGAAGCCUGGGUUAGGGUUAGGGUUAGGGUUAGGGCCAGGGGCGUCCAGUCUCCCCCGAAAAGGGCCGGUGAGGGAGGGUUCUGCUUUAGCCCAGCGCUGCCUCACUGUAUAAAACCAAUUAACUAAUCGUGGUCUUCAAUCAAGAUAUCGACCAGCAGAACCAGCUGCCUUAGUGCUGGGCUGAAAAACUGGCACCCAGACCGGUGCUUUCUGGAAAAGUUUGGACACCGCUGACCUAAGCACAGGUAAAGGACGGGUAUUCGGCUUGCGUUACGGGACUUGCAGUUUCAGGUGUGAACAGAUUCAAAGGGGACUCAAGGUAGAGAGGAGGUGUUUAGGUCAAAUCUAUAAACGGUUGGCUCCCUAUGAUUUCAGGACGUUUACAUUUUAAACCUCAAAAUUUCAUAGGCAAAGUUAACAGUAUGAGAAUUUAGUUUUAAAAAAGCUAAAAGUGCUUUGUCAUCUCAAAUAUCAGCACACCCUUGACUGUUGUAUUAAAGCAUAUAUUUUUCCAAUUUUACGUGCAUUGCAAUAGAGAACAGCUCUGACCUUUGAUGAAUGAGGGAAUUUACAAAAUGCAAAUUAACCCAGCAAAGCCUAACCAGAGCGAUGCUACCGUACAGAACAGAGGCCAGGCAGGCGUACCAGCAGGAUGGAUUCACUACGUACUUAAAAGGAAGUGUUUAGUACAAUAUUUGCUAAAUGGCUAUUUGUGUGGGGCAUUAUAUCAGAAUGCCCCGUACUAGCACUGUGAAACAGUGAAACUCACUAUAAUGAACACGACACGUCGUUAUUUUAGUGAGUUCAUGCCCACCUGGCUUCGAUAGUUUGCUAGAUUUGUAUUUCAGUUAUUUUCUUGACCGGCAGAUUUUAACCUUAGUGUACGAGAAAUAGUGGUGUUCUCAGCUUCGUAAGUUUCUUCUGAAAUUAGUAAGGUGGGAGGGGAAGUAAACGAGCCCUUAUCCUAGACAUCAAUCAAAUUUAAUUUAAUUCACCCGUACAUGUUAAAACUCCUCCCGGAUUCCAUCAAAUGGGAAACCAGUAAAUGAAAAUGUUGCUGAUAUUUGAUACAAACACACACACACGCACACAUGCACACAAACACACACACACAAGCAUGUGCAUACGCACACAUGCACACAUGCCUGCGCAUGCAUGGCCAAGCUCAAGUGAGGAACCAGACAGACAUGGGCAAGCGUGUGCAAAUGAAUACACCUGCUGCUGUUCCAACCAAUAAAGUUAAAUCAGUUUGAACUAAAAUGGCCGACAGAACGCAGCAUUACACUACAGGGCGCUACGCUAGCAUUCCCCAGGAGCCCCCUAAGGCAUCACAAUUAGCAGAUGUGCUCCUAAAUAAAUUUUCCAGUUAGCUUGUGUCGGAUUUUCAGGAGCAAGUGCUCCAAAACUGAGAAGACUGUAGAGUCCUCUGUAUUACCCUCACUCUGCACUGUCCGAGUUAAAAAUGACAAAAGCCAACAGGUCGUCCUGUAAAAUAUGCUGCAGUGAAAUGGAAAUAUUUGCCCUGGCUGUAAUUUGUGGAUGAAUCUUUACCCAGAUGAUUGCUGGUCAGCUAGCAAGGUGAUUUAAAGCUUGGUGUUUUCUUGCCUCUCUCAGUGAAUUACUCUUCAUCCCCUCGUAUUAUUACUGAACGGAAACUUUGCAUCGCAUUUGAAUGUCAUGUGUUCAGCAUCUGUUCCAGUAUUUAGCCAAAUGUCUUCCCACUGAUCUGCGUUGGGUCCUGGUUUGUUAGUGUGACGGGUGAGCUUAAAGAAAACAGAAAAUCAAUGCGUCAAACUGAUGUGUGUGUUCCUUCCUAUCAGACUUUACGUUUCCUGCAUCGAGACUGGCCACCUGUACCCCGCUCACCUGUACCUCACUCACGCAGCUAUCAUACUGCGCUCCUCUGGGCUGAUAAGCCUGCUCUUCCACGGCCUCUGACCUCACCCAACACUGCGCAUCGCACCCAACACUGCAGACCGCACCCAACGCUGCAGAUCACACCCAACACUGCGGACUGAACCCAACACUGCAGACCGCACCCAACACUGCAGACCAUUCUGAUAUUUGAACUCAAUGGGGGGGAGGUUCAGUACCAUGUUCAGCCAGAUACCAUAACCAAAUUUUGGUAUUCUAAUAAAUUAACUACUUUACAUAAGAUACAUAUCAUUUUUAACUCCAGCCCUACUAUACCACAUUAUACAUAAUCUACUGUGUGAUGCCAAAAAAAAUCAUACCACUAGAUACCAAGAAGCAAACUAAUGCAUUUAUUAUUUAUAUAUAAGCCCACUCACAUUAAUACAACUAAAUGCGCACUAGAGCAUACUUCACAUGCUCUGAUGCACAUGCAGCUAUUUUAAUAUCAGUCACCUUAAAAUAAUAAAUAAUAUCAACUGACAAAUUAACAACACAAAUCUAUUAGUUUGCAUCUUUUAGGAAACAAGGAUUCUGGCACAAAAUGUUAACCACAACCCACAAAGCAUUAUUUGCUUUGUGCUUUUGUGGUUUGAUUAUGAACCCUUUGAAGAGUAGGUUUUUUGGAAAGUUUUCUUUUUCAAAAUUGUAGGUCAGUGUUCUAGAACUCCGCUGCUUUCAAUCACCAGUAGUGAUUGUGACAUCAGCAUUAGAAUGUUCUGUUAAGAGCGUUCUAAUCGAAUCAUAUGUGGGAUCACACGACUGUUAAAUUCAGUGAAACAGUGCAGUGAAAGAAGGUCUGCAUGCAGGCUGGGGGGCAGCCAAGAGAAAAGCCCAGGGUGCUGAGCUUAGACACAGGGUGCUGAGCUGAGACACAAGGCGGGGCCCCACUGUAGUACAGAGGGAACGAUCAAAGCCGAAGUGCUUCUUUAAAACCCAGCUGUGCACAGGCACCAUAUUUGAGAUUGUAAAUCAGCCCGAGUGUGAGAGCCCUCACGCAGUGCUUCACAUUUUAAUAGCGGACGUGUGGAUUUGUGCUGCUGCCCAAAGGCCACAUGAUAAACUGUGCCAAUAGGUUUCCCAACACAGAACAGAAGAGCCACAUAACCGGCUUCUAUGCGCAACGUGAAGGAAGGAGAAUAUUUGCUUCAAACACUUUGGGGAGCAAACGAUGACAGGUGAUAAGUCGCUUUUUUCCUAUAGUCGAGUACAGCAGUACGUUCGGCUUCCUAUUACUUAUUUUUAUGUGUGCAAUUUGUGGGUUAACAGCAAACUAUACAGGACAAAACCCAAGCGCCGUACCAUAGAAAACAAUGUUAACGGAUUCAUGAUGUGGACAUUCUGGGCCCAUAUCAAUAACUGGUAUGUACCCAUUCCUGGAUUCUGGCCUGUUUUACAUUACUGCUCAAACACAGACUGCAAGUUUCCACAUUCAUGGAAUCAGUAGAAACAUUUUAAUUCCAAACCCUUUUACACAAAAAAUCCAGUUCUUAGUCACAGCAUGCACUUCCAGGGGUGGUUUAAAUAAUAAGGCAGUGUUGUGCUGCAUGUAAUUCAUGGCUGAGUCUACAUGCUCUUUCACAAGUAUUUGUUUUCUUCCAAACCACUUUCCAAAAAAGUGGAAUUGCCAAUUCUUCAGUGGAGUCCAAGCUGCGUAUUUAGAGAGGGAAGCGCUCAUUUUCAUGACUGUCCUGGACAUAUACGCUGAGCUUUAGCCCAUUAACGCUUUUGUAACAGGUGUUGGGAGGGUGAGGUUCUCUGCAUUGCAUUGUGGGAGGAGCUAGUCAGCUCUUGGCAGAAGAGGCGUUUGAAGCUGCUCUCCACAGCUUGACUGGCUCAACUCAGUGAACGGCAGCCUGUGUUCGGUUUUUACAAAGGCUUAUUUUUCCAUCACUGUUUGAGUCCACACAUUCUCACUGUGUGCUCAUAUUUCUGCUAAGCAUUUACGUUAGACUUCCUUUACCUAAGUGAAUAACUUUAUCCAGAGUAUUACGAAACUCAAUUAAAACUAGCAAAACCAGUUUUCAGUCUUUGAUGACAAAAUGUCUUCAAUUUGCUUAGCAAAACACAUGUGGCUUUUUAAAAUUAAGAUGCAUUCUUACUUCAUAGAAUGCAAAAGCACAAUAAGCACUUGUAUAAUAAAAACUACAGGGAAUUUGUUUUCACACAGUCAUGGCAAAAAAGGAUUCAUUGAUAACACAUCAACAACAUUGGUCAGAAUUCAAAAUGUGGUGUUCAUUACAGCUCCCGCAACAUUUUAAAAAUGUAUCCAACGAACAGAGCUUCACGAUUUUAAAUAAGCUAUUUAGCCUGUGUCACCGGGGUCUUCAAUCUCGCCCUCUAGCGACGAGCGCUCUUUUCGGCCUCCCAAGGUCUGGAAAAAAUCUGGAUGAACUACACCUACUUUCCAGGAGGGGCCGCUAUACCGCAUAGUCUUACUUCAUAUUUUACCGCAGUAGCUAACGUAAUUUUUUUGAUCACCGUUUAAAAACGCGGCAUAUACAAUAAUAAAUAACAAUGGCACACACAAAUUGAGGAGAUUUGAUGUAGUCAUACGUCGUUAUUGUUUUAAAUGUAACUAGAAAUUAAGCAUUUGAACAUAAACUUUUCGUUACAUAGCCAAUAGCCUAAAAGUAACAAAAAUCUUGACGCGACAAUAUUCAACACGUAUGCGCAGCUUUCUCAACAAGUACGCAUAGCUUUAUCUCUAUAUUUCCGUACGAUACCCUUGAUCGUCAGUGCAGCCUAGAAAUUCAACUUUUAAACUUAUCUGUCAAAAUUAAGUUUGCAAUAAAUCUAUCAAUACAAGCAGAUAUAUUCAGUAUGCUAGGCCCACUAUAGGCUGUCGUGUUCUGUACACGCCAUUGAGCAAUCACAAAGGUCCCGUGGCGUUUUGAGAUAGUUAGCCUAUACCACUCACAAAUGUAUUUAGUAUCCAAACCAACAAGGAAGUAGAAUGAAUUUCCCGAUGUGACUAUAGAUAAGACUGUUACUGAUUACUGAUUACUUUUUAUGACUUAAUCAAUUCACAGAGUAAAAGUAAAAGUUAAACAACAAAUAUUCCCAUAUUCCAUAAAAACAUUACCUCUUUUUUUGUUAUAAUAAAACUGCCAGUAAAGUUUACAUACAAAUCAACCAAGUGGACGCAGAAGCAAGAGCAUUUUUAUCUGAAUUUAGCGUUUAAAAAAGCCGACUGAACAUUCAUACAAGAGUUCAUUUUUCUGAGACUGCUUAAGUCAUGAUAAGUUCCAUUUGACGUAAAAUUUUGGGGACAACAUAACACUGCCUUUAAAAUCCAAAAUGUAUAGGCUAUGUCAUGGUCUGCUCAUAUGCGUAGUCCAUUUCGGUCUUAUAGAAAACGUGUAAAAUGGCUAAAGAGGUAAUAGGUAAAAAGGCGAAAACCUCCCACCCAUUUCAUGACACCAACAUUACCAAGUUGCGCUCUUGUUGCACAACUACGAAUUGACGAACAUCGUGUACAUUAACCAAAGGUUGCCAACCAGAUUAGCGGUACUACACCUGUUUUGCCUCGUAUUUAUACCCAAGACUAGACAAGAACUUAUAAAGGAAGGUUAGAUCCAGAUUCUCUGAUGAUUCCGCUCCUGGCUGAUUAUUUUAAUAUAAAGCACGCGGACUGAAUGUUUGCUCGCCAGCACAUGAUCAAUACGAUACACCAGAUAACUUUUUUUUUACAGGCUUUGGACAGAAAAAAUAAUUUAUAUUACAAAUAUGUUGCUCGGUCUCAGUCCGAACCUUUGGCCAUUCUGCUAUUCCCAUGGAUGCGAGCCGGCAGUAAACAUGCUGACAAGUAACAAAUUACUGUGGGCGUCAUAUUGUUGGCCUCUCUUGUCUCUCAUGCGCCUACAAGUAAAUAAAUACGAGAUUCGCCUGUCCCUCCUUUUGAAUGCCAUGUUUUCAUGAACAGACACGCGUUUUGCAUUGUUACGAAGUUUAAUAAUGAGCUAUUUCACAACAAUUUAGUGGAUUAUAUGAAGAAUUAUUAACAGCACAGUUAAAAUCAAAACACACAAAACAAAAACAGGGUAAUGCGUGUGCAUAUUUAAGUGCAGACAAAGCGGUUAUCGCUUUUAUAUAGCAAAUUCAUUAAAUCCUUGAUAUACCUGCCAGGUAAUAUAGUCAAUCUUAGAAAAUCAAUAGUGAUGGAAUUUGUAAAUUAAGAUGUGAAACAUAGCAAUUAUCUUAAAUAAAAAAUAGAAUACUGUUUUAAGUCUCCGGGCAGUCUCUGGCCAUUUUGGGACCACAAGAUGGCGAGCUGUCUAACUAACCUGAUUUAUGUAAUAGAUCAGCUUAUUGAUUCAAUUAGUGGAGCCCAAUCCUGACUUGUCACAGGUCUGGAAACUGGUCGCGUCACAUGCAGCCCGGAUGCUAAACUGAUUUUGAACGAAAGCAGAUAUCGGACUGUGCAGAAAGAACCGUUUCGUCAGUAAUAAAAUAUUACAUUUAAACAAGAUUUUUUAAACUGAGUAGAUUUACAGUUCUACGAGUGAAUGAUGUUUCCCACCUUCAGAUGGAGCUCCAAACCUCUCACAGCUGUGGCCUUUCGCUUCCUGGGCCUCAACAUAAACAAGAUUUUUUUACACUUUAAAGAAACGUUGGGAGCGAGCAAAUGGAAUGAGAAAGGAGGUGAAAAAACUAUUGAAUAAUUCUUAUUUUUUUCUUUAUUUCAUUCUGUCAAGGGAGCUUUUGAAAAAAACGUUUGACGUUUACGUGUUGUUAUCAGAUUGAUGGGCUGGUUUGAUUGAAGUGGCUUUGUCAUGCAAAUGUCAGGCGUUUGAUGGAUGGUCUCAGUUCACUGACAAACUUCUGGCGGCCCCUGGCAAUUGGCGCCGUGGUGGUCACGUGUUUUGCCACUGAGGUGAUAUGUGUUGCGGGGAUGCCCAAACGAAUGCACGAAGAGAAGUUUUAUUAUGUUUUCACUGCAUUGACAUCCCACGCAGGACAGGAGGAAUCCCCCCGAAACGCAGGCUGACCCUCCGUCAUCAUCAGCACAUGGACAAUUCUAGAAUGAACUCUUUCCUGGAGUACACUAUCUUUAACCGCGGGACUAAUGCCUACUCACCCAAACCAGCUUAUCAUCAUCUGGACCAAGGUAUUACGGCUCCUUUUCCCGUUGCCAAUGGCACAACUGACGCCUACAACAGUGAUGGACGGUUUUUCGUGGCUGACAGUGCCCAGGCCGUCUCUGAUCCACAUCAGCACCAGAGCGCAAACUUCGCGCAUCACCACUCACAGCCCAGCUUCUCGGGCAUAGGGACCUCUUACGCCAACGCAGGGGCACCCGCGUAUGGGCCACAGGGCUCCAACCUGGACUACGGGCACCAUCAAUAUUUCGUGAGCCAAGAGCAGGACACGGUGUACUUCCAGUCAUCCGGGAUUAACGCUUCAAGCAUCGGGUCCAACUUCGUUUACAGCGGGGCGCCGGGGGCGGUUCCUGCGGGCCCGUAUCAGCAGCACGGCUGUGUGGGGCAGGAGCAUCAGCAGGGGUAUCUUCAGAACACCUACGCCGACUUGUCUCCUUCCCGAGACGGGCAAAAGGACUUGAACUGUCAGCCAGAACAAAUAUCAUCGGGAAAGACCUUCGACUGGAUGAAAGUAAAGAGGAACCCGCCGAAGACAGCUAAAGUUGUGGAUUAUGGAAUUGGUCAACAGAACACAAUUCGGACCAACUUCACCACCAAGCAGCUGACUGAGCUCGAGAAGGAGUUUCACUUCAACAAGUACCUCACCAGGGCCCGGCGCGUGGAAAUCGCUGCUACCUUGGAGCUAAACGAAACCCAGGUGAAAAUCUGGUUCCAGAAUCGCAGGAUGAAACAGAAAAAACGCGAGAAAGAAGGCCUUGCACCGUCUGUCAACCGGGCUUCGCCCAAGGAUCUGGGAGACAACUCGGACCAUUCUACCUCUCCGUCUCCGGGAGGGUCGCCCAGCUCGGAAACCUCAUGAAACAGACUCAUCUGACAUUUCACCCGUUAACGCCGUUAUCGCAGUGAGAGGACUCCAACACUCCAUUAUACAUGAUGAAGUGGCUUUUCGUUGUCAUUUCAUAAAUCAAUGAAAAUGUUUGUUUUUACUAUACUCAGAUAAUGGCUUUUUGAAUUGUACUACUGAGAUGAACGAGCACAGGUCCUUGGCCUACAGUGAUUUGACGGUAUGCGUAGUCACUCCUGGCGCGUGGACGGUCGCAGAGACGCGUCCAAAAUACUGUUUUUCAGGACGGUACACAGCUCACGAACUUUGCUCUUCAAACCCAAGUGGGAGACGCACUUUUGCAUGUUUACAUAAUUUAAGGGAGCACACGCGUUUUACCUGAACGAUUUACAAUUACAUUACAGGGAGCCAACUGGCAAAGUUGUAUUAGUUUUUAAAUGUAGAGUUUAUUUUCUUUUUGGAACGUUUUGAUGUAUUAUUUCAUUUGUAUAUAUAAAGGGGAAGUCUAGAUAUCAAUAACGCUAACGAUAGUUUUUGUUGUUUGCACCUAAGGGUUACAGGGUAUGUACAUUCACCAAAUAAUUUUUUAAAAUAGGCGAAGAGUCAUCAAUAUUAAUUUGGGGAAAUUAUAUACGUACAAAUCUGUCUGAAAAGCAGUGGUCAUGUUAUGAAAUAGAUGUUCGAAUGAAUGAAUGAAUGACAUUCGCCAUAUGUAUUUCGGGACUGGAAUAUGGCCUCCAUAAGGAAAUUUACUUUCGUGCUUUAUUUCACAUACCCGAAUAUGCAGACUUCGUGACAAUUUAUUUUUUUAUAUUCCUGGUUUCAACGCAGUUAAAAGAUCAGUGACGACAAAGAAUGUCUAUAUUUUCCGAGGGAAAUUAUCAUGUUCAAAUACGUAAAUAAGUAAAUAAAAACCAACAAAUUAAUAAAUAAACCACAAUGAUGAACAAAAUGAUUUUGGGGUAAAGCAAAGUUUGCAAUUUUCCGUUAGGCAUUUUUAAGACGCCAGACAGUGAGCUGUGGUAAGUAUGCAGAGGGGCUGAGUUUUAUUAGUUGAAGUCUGCACUGUAUUGAGUCCCCGUGAAACGUACGUUUCGUUUUUGCAACUACCUCAAAUAAAACUGUCACGUGCUUUGAAA